UAAGUUAAAAUCGACAAAUACCAAUAUCAUGUCUUCAUCACGAUCAAGCAGACAUGGCCACGGUAGCUCUCGCAGCGGCAAGAGCAGACAAUCUUCUGUUCAACAACUAAUCGAGUCUUUACGAACCCACCGAGUUAAUACGCUGACUGAACUUUGCCGUAUCGAACGAGUUGCCGCUAGCUGCGAAAACGAGGAAGACGCUUUAGCUUUUCAGGCGCCGAUGACGUCCGCGUGGGAUUAUUACGUGAAUAGUAACCAAUUCCUGACGGAGCUGAGAGGUCUAACGCCGAACUACCCUAUCUCGGGAGAUCUAGUCGACCAGGCGCAUCAGUUAGUCCGUAACGACCCGAACUCGAACCGUAGCUGGAAUCUGGCGUGGCUGUGCCUUGUUAAGAUUCGCGACGACGGUUUAAUCCCAAGUUACGCGCAAGCAGAUGCUUGGCGAAAAGAGAUGUGGGGUGGUCGUGAUCCCACUCAGGAGGAGGCAGACCAGCUCGCUCAAUGCUUCGAGUAUGAGUGGACGCAGGCUGUCGAGAAUAUGCUGCGACACUGGCCUGUCGCACCUACAUGGUACUAAGCCCAAAAGCCAUUUCCUUUCGUUUGCUUUUAUCUGCCCCUCGUUCGAUUUGUCGCAUUCUAUCGUUCGUUAUAUGAACUUCUCAUUGGCAAGGCGUUGGAUCCGUUGCACAAAAAGGGGUCUUGGAGGUUCAUGAGCAUUUACAGGUGUUUUUUUUUCUCUCUCUUCUUGUAUCGCAUGGCAUAGCAUGGGAUAUCAUUAUAUGGUUUGGAGUCCUUCGUUUCUUUAGCAUUUACAUCGGCGUUUUCUUUUGUUUUUCUCACUUAGUCCUCUCGCUUUAUGUUUAUACGGAAAAAAAGUCGCUUUGGCAUUUUAACUUCCCUUUUUAUUUACCGCU